GCCACCCCUCCCCUCUCCUCCCCUCCUCUCCCUUCCUGGGAUCCCUGCGGCUCUCUCGCCUUGGGGCCCCGCGCUCUCCCGCCGUCCCGCCCCCGUCUUCCCCGUGCUGGGAGCAGAAGCGCGGUGCGGCCGGUGGAGCUCCUCUCUCCACGGGAAGGCCAGGCCCGGCGUACGGCGGGCAGCCAUGGAGGCGGCGGCGCGGAGGCGGCAGGUCCCGGGAGCUGCGGGAGGCUCGGGCGCGCUGCAGGGCGUGUUGCCGGCCAGACAUGGCUCCAUGAAGGCUGAGGAAACAGACCGCACGGCUCCCUUCCACCUCGACCUCUGGUUCUACUUUACACUGCAGAACUGGGUUCUGGACUUCGGCCGACCCAUUGCCAUGCUUGUGUUCCCUCUCCAGUGGUUUCCUCUCAACAAGCCUAGCGUCGGCGACUACUUCCACAUGGCCUACAACAUCAUCACGCCCUUCCUUCUGCUCAAGCUCAUCGAGCGGUCCCCCCGCACACUGCCACGCUCCGUGAUCUAUGUCAGCAUCAUCACUUUCAUCAUGGGAGCCAGCAUCCACCUGGUAGGGGAUUCUGUCAACCACCGCCUGCUCUUCAGUGGGUACCAGCAUCAUCUGUCCGUUCGUGAGAACCCCAUCAUCAAGAAUCUCAAACCGGAGACUCUGAUCGACUCCUUUGAGCUGCUUUACUACUAUGAUGAGUACCUGGGCCACUCCAUGUGGUACAUCCCCUUCUUCCUCAUCCUCUUCAUGUACUUCAGCGGAUGCUUUACAACCUCCAAAGCUGAGAGCCACAUGCCAGGGCCUGCCCUGCUCCUGGUGGGGCCCAGUGGCCUGUACUACUGGUACCUGGUCACCGAGGGUCAGAUCUUCAUUCUCUUCAUCUUCACCUUCUUCGCCAUGCUGGCCCUCGUCCUGCACCAGAAGCGCAGGCACCUCUUCCUGGACAGCAAUGGCCUCUUCCUCUUCUCUUCUUUUGCCCUCACCCUCUCCUUGGUGGCUCUGUGGGUCGCCUGGCUGUGGAAUGAUCCUGUGCUCAGGAAGAAGUAUCCUGGCGUCAUCUAUGUCCCUGAGCCCUGGGCCUUCUACACUCUCCACGUCAGUAGUCAGCACUGAAGCUCACUGAGGGCAAUGGACCUUGGAGGAUAUUUGCUUGUGGGUUCUCGAGUGUAUUGGUGCACAUACGUGCACAGUGUGAGGACGUGGGGUAUGCAUGGCAGAGAGCAUCUUUGAAAGACUCAACUAUUUCAGUCAA